AUGACAUACGCAUUUAUUAUUGUGGUGUCCGUGGCUGUUACACUAAAGCUACUGUUUAUGAGCUUUUCAUUGUAUUUCACAUUUAAAUAUAAUGAAACCCAAGGAUCUGAGACGACAAAGAAGAAUGAAAAGAAAAACGGAAAAGACAUAAUGGCGAAGUGCAAACAAGUGACACGGGCGUUUAUACCAAAUAUGCACUGUAACUCCGAAACAAAAGCUGCAACUAUAAUAGAAAAAUUUCGAUAA